AUGCCCAAACGCCGUCGCAGUAAAUCGGCCGAAGGAACGGCGAGCACGAAAAGUGCUACGUCGACGAGAGCCUCCCCGAAAAUGAGCCUGGAUGGUACGCCUCCAUCACAGACACGAGCGCCUACGCCGGCGCGCUCCAACCCGUUUACGGACCUGUUUGUGGAGUCCGAAAAUGUUGUAAACGAUGGCAUUCUGGACAGCACACUGGUGUUUCUGGAAAAGGGAAUCCUCACCGAGCCUGGCUUUCGUACAGCGGCUACGGAGUUGAUGGACUACGUCGAGGCUUGCCAAGAUGACAACACGUCCACAACGCCCACAACAGUGACAUCGUGUUCCACCUUGACGACGCCGCAAGUUUCCCUUGUGCUCCUGCCAUGGGCAAUUCGUAAUAUUUUGGGCACGGAAGUAUCCACGGACGAAUUGGUGUGGCGUGCACUUUCCGUUUGUCUCCAAUUGGUCGCAGCUACCUCUCACCAGAACGAUUUGCAGAGAGAUGAUCAAUGGGAAAGUAUUUUGACCAAGUCGACUUUAUUCAAGCUUGUUCCCAGAAUUGCUGUUUUCUGUGUACGCAAUGAAUGCAUCCUGGAAACCGACGAUACGUCGGAAAUAGAGAAGGCCCGAGCAUUUGGUUGUCAAGCGUACGAAACAAUUCUGGCGUCAAACUUGUACGCACCGACUUUGGACGUCGCCUGCCACAAGGUGUGGAUUCCCCUAGUGGAGUGUCUAACCAGAAACGACCAGGGUUCUUCUAGCGCCAAGCGCACGACCUGUGCACUGCAGGCCACGGUACGAUUUCUGCGCAAGCUCCAAUGCUCCGGCAAGGGCAAUCCGAAAACGAUUUUUGGUUUAGUGGCAACCCGAGAAGUCCUGGUGGCAGCAUCGCGGACGUAUACGUUGUUGGAUACAAACCCUGAUGGGCGAACAACGCUGCGAGACUUUCUUUACCAAAGUCUCUUUGACGUGUCGCAGCAUAUGGAUGGAUUUCGAUCGUUGCUCUCCAAGGGCACAAUCCCUGUUCAAGAAGAUAACAGUAUGGACACAGGAUCUCCACUCAGCGAACGAGACAAACCUACUCUUUUCUUUCGAUGCUACCAAGAUUCUCUGCUGAAGACGAUAACAGAAAGCAUUGUUAUGGAGGACGUCGAUGUCAUUCAGACCGUGCCCGUCUUACUCCGUGGCUUUUUGCAUGAAUCCAUGGCUUGGGAGGUAAGGGAGAGAGAGAACAAGAGGCAGAAAGGCUCACUUAAUUCCGAAAUCUCGAAUACGGUUCUCUUUCAAAUGUUCGUAUUUCUGACUGUUCCCCUUCGUAAGUUGCUGGUUUCCUCAAAAGUACCAGAAACCAUCAGUCCCGCGACGCAAGCUCUACGCGAGUGUCUGGAGUCUUUGUUCGAGCAAGACGCCUACCUUCCAUCACAAGACGUGGACGGAAAACAACUCUUGUAUUUGGGCAUUAUCACCAAUGAGCUGAGUUCGUUAUCGGCUACCCAGAUGGUGCAGCCAGCUGACAAUGCACUUGCUGCUAAUUGUAUACACUCUUUUCGAACACUGAUGCAAUUGAAUCACAAUCUUCUUCAUGAACAGAUAUCUUCCAUUACGGUCCUCUUGUUUCAGUUUGGUGGCGAUUACCGACUUGGAAACGAGAUAACCCAGUUUCUGGUCGUAGUUGUGGAGACGUAUACCAAGCUAAGACGACAAGGCUAUUUAAUUCGUGCAAUUCUGCAAGUGGUCGGAGUCCUUACCCAUACAAAGGGAGGUGAGAAUGCUGUAUCACUUCCGUCUCUACUACAACAUACAUCAUUGAUGACGGCUUUCGCCAACUCUGCUCAGUACAGUCCGGUCUUUCAGGUGAAAGAAAUAUUUGAAACCAUCCAAAAGUUUAUCUUGGGUUUGAAAGAGAGUGAUAGUUCCUUGGAAAACACCGUUCGUGCGUUGGAUUCAGUCGUAGAGCUGACAAUCGUCAUGGUACAAAAUGUGAGAGUUGACAGUGGGACAGCUUCCGAGGUGGCAUCAUUGUGUCAGGAGGUCGUCGACACUGCGCUUUUAAGACUCAUCAGUCCUUCACUGGGUUCUCUCACUGGUGCAGGGCUACGGCUUUGUGGGUGGUUUAUUGAAUUACACGCAAGGUGUGCCUUUUGGUUGGGCCCGGAAACCCAACUGGAGAUUCCACCUUCAGUCAUGGAGAUUCUAUCAACUGCAUCGCAAUACGCCAAAGGAGGAGAAGAUUUGGCGGGCUACGAGCAAAUACUGGACGAGCUCCUCUUUUUGGCAUUGCAUCGACUACGCCAACUACAUUCGCUGAUUCAUGAGCAAGAGCGCAUAAAUUUGGGGGCUCUGAGGUCGAUAGAAGGAAACAAUGUUUUCACCAUAGAAGCUAGCAAGUUAGCGUUUUUUGCUGGAUUUGUUGCGAAACAGAAUGAGGACUCUCCCUUGUCAGGUUCUCGAUGGAGUAAAGUUGCUCGCGCUUUCGCUUCAUGGUCGCCAUACGCUGAAGACGAAGACGUCCGACUCUUUUUGGAAUGGAUGAUUGGAGUUUUGGCUACUGACGAAGCAACGACAGAAUGUCAUCUCGAUUCUUGUAAGAUUCCUCAAAGCAAUGCAGCCGUACGAGAAAAUCUACAAACAGCAAGAGCACUUCUGUACGAUUCCUCGUUUUUGGAGGAUGCUCGCGUAGCUUCCAAGUUUGCCCUUGCCGCCCUCUCCUGUACAUCGAUUUCGGUAACGUCGGCAAUCGAAACGCUCGGAAGUAUCCGCUUCCACGAAACGAAGUCAUCGGGUACUUCUCCUUUACCCCUUGGAAUCAACAGCAAGGACAAAUCUGGUCAGCUUGAUGCGCAUCUCGUGACAGAAAUGCCGCUUUUCGACUCGACUACUGCAUUGUCGAAGUCAAGUCGGAAGACAAUGCUGGCAUGUUUGCAAAAGACUGGAAGGCCUUUGAUGUUUGUUAACAGCUUAGCCUCACUGUAUUGCCACCUAGAGGAUCCCAUGGAUUUCGUCGACUCGUUGUUGAGGUUGGAUCAAGUCUGUAGAUCCAUGGCGAUGUUGAGUUCCGAUAUAUCUCAAAAAGCUCUUCAUCUAGUGAAAGUGUUAAGGUUUGCUGUGGCCAGCACCCUUACUCGCAUCGACGCGGGGUCUCUUUUUCACGUGUUGGGUAAUUCUCAAGAAAUCACGGAGGUCUUGAAGACAAUAGUGCUGUCAGUAAAGCAUUUGUGUCUUGAGACCUCCCUUUCAACGUCGGAAGUGAUGGCAGAAAUUUUGACGGCAUCUUCUGCACUGACGGAGCAGCUCGUCCGUGUAUCCGGAGUUUUCGAGGAGCAGAUAAAACAAAGAUUUGAGCAACUCAUCAGAACAGCAUUCUGCAUCGAUAGUUCAAUCAAGUCAGAACGGGUUCAUGAGAUUGGUGUAGUUGCGUGCCUAGGACGUUCCAUCCUGAAAGGCAUGAAAUCAAAUCAACUCUUUCAUGAGGAGACGUCGGAUUCAACUGCUUUCAGAAACAUUCGCGGUUUGUUGUUUCCAUUGGUUGCAGAACUCUGCUUAGGAAGCGAAGAUAGUACAUGUAGCCGUCAUGGAUAUCUCUUGUUUGGAGAUCUCAUUCGAUUCACCACUGAUUCGGAAAACUGUCCCUUUGCCGAAACAAGAAGGGAUAUUGAAUCUGUUUGCAUAGCCUCGCUUUGCAACGCGUCUCUCUCUAAAGAUGCCUUACAUUGCAGGCGGUACGUAGUGGCAUGUCUUGUAGAGACAAGACCAUCUCCUGCAGUUGCCCGGCAAAUUCUCGACCAGAUCCUUAAUUGCCAGGUUUCGUUUCCGCUGUUGGAUACUAGUUUUUGUCAGUUGGUCGGCAGUCUUCAUGAGCAAGCUCUGGAGGAAAUGUUUGAACGUCUUGUAUCUGACCAGCAAUUGUUGGUAAGAUCUAGGCCACUGAAUCUUCGUCUUUCACGAUACGUUGUGCAAUGUGUGAAAGAAACGGACCAAAUCGAAGUGGCAUCGAAGUACGGCCAAACUCUAUUUCGAGUUGCCGUGGAUUCAAUUUACGGUUUUACUCCCGGUGCUUCAUGGCAACAUGAUUUUGAGGAGUCAGUAAACUUGGUUGUAGAAUUGAUUUUGAGACGAGACGUAUUUGCCUGUCGGGAGCUGGACUUGGCUCAUUUGUUGUGUCGGCUGACGGAUGUGCUCCGUCCAAAUGGAAAAGUGAAGUAUGUGACGGAUCAUAUAUUUGCCUCUUGCGGACGAAUAAUCAUGACAAUCUUUCUGCGCUACUCCAAACAAGUGUACAGUUGCGUUCCGUCGAUGAUACAGGUCCUGCGCUCGUUACAACGACAUGUUUUGUACAGAACCGGCGAGAAUGGUCUGGAUAUUGCGGACCGGGCGCAGCGGCUGACACGGUUGUACGAGCAAGUGUACGCGCACCGAGACGUUUUUAAAAAGCACGUGCUGGGCUUGCUACUUGACUUUGUCUACUGCCUCCAACAGGACACCAAUCCGACUGUCAAGGAAAGUAUGACACCUGCCGUAUACUGUCUUUUGGAUACACUCUCCAAAUACGAAACGAAGCAACUGAAGGGUCUCAUGGAUUUGAAGGCGAAGGCAGUGUUCAAGGCCGUCUAUCAAGGCUAUCAUGUGCAUCAUGCAUACAAAGGGCAAUAA